CGUCGCUUUGUUCAACAGUAGGAGGGAGGAGGACAGGCAGAACCACAGCCGCUUGCUUUGCUUGCCUUUUACAGACACAGCAUACAGACCCGGACUGUAUGCGCUGUGACAUACGCUAGGAAAAUAUUUUCUCUUCCCAGACUCCGAGGACUCCAAGGGAUGUCAAAGCGAGUGCGAAGCCGGGAGGUCUGCGCUGAUUGCAGCGCCCCUGAGCCCCGUUGGGCCUCGGUAAACAGGGGUGUGUUGAUCUGCGACGAGUGCUGCAGCAUCCACCGAGGUCUGGGGCGACACAGCUCUCAAGUCAGGCAUCUGACUCAUUCCUCCUGGCCCCCCUCUCAGCUGCAGAUGGUCCAGACAUUGUAUGGUAAUGGCGCAAAUUCCAUAUGGGAACACAGCCUUCUGGAUCCUUCCUCAUCAGCGAGUGGGAAGCGAAAAGCCAACCCUCAGGACAGAGUUCAUCCCAACAAGACUGAGUUCAUCAAGGCAAAGUAUCAGAUGUUGGCUUACGUUCACCGGAUGCCGUGUCGUGAUGAUGACAGUGUAACUGCAAAGGACCUCAGUAAGCAACUCCACUCCAGUGUUCGGACUGGGAACCUGGAGACCUGCCUUCGUCUCUUAUCUCUAGGAGCACAGGCUAACUUCUUCCAUCCAGAAAAAGGAACCACGCCACUACAUAUAGCAGCAAGGGCAGGUCAGAUUCUUCAAGCUGAACUCUUGGCGGUUUAUGGAGCUGAUCCUGGAGCUCUGGACUCCAGUGGAAAGACGCCAAUUGACUAUGCAAGACAAGCCGGGCACCAGGAACUGGCUGAGAGGCUGGUUGAGAUACAGUAUGAACUCACUGAUCGGUUAACGUUUUACCUGUGUGGCAGAAGACCCGAUCACAGACAUGGGCAGCACUUCAUCAUUCCACAGAUGGCAGACAGAAACAACAGCCUUGAUUUGUCAGAUUUCGCAAAAGCAGCAAAGAAGAAGCUGCAGUCGUUAACCAACCAUCAAUUUGAGGAACUUGCAAUGGAUGUUUAUGAUGAAGUGGACAGAAGAGAAACCGAUGCAGUCUGCUUGGCCACUCAGAAUCACAGCACUCUUGUCACUGACACAACAGUUGUACCUUUCCUGCCUGUUAAUCCCGAGUAUUCAUCGACCAGAAAUCAGGGUCGUCAGAAACUGGCAAGGUUUAGCGCUCAUGAGUUUGCCACCCUUGUUAUCGAUAUUCUAGCGGAUGCUAAACGGCGACAGUGGGGUAAUUCCUGCGAUAGUCCAAAAGAUAAUGUUGAGCUGAUCCUUCAGGGAAUAAACAGUCGCCACAACAGUGAGAGCCAAGAAAAUGACCAACCAGAUUAUGACAGUGUGGCAUCUGAUGAAGAUCCAGUACAAGAGGCCACCUGUGGGGAUAACUGCAAUGAUGGAAGGACCAAGAGCUCAGAGUCUUCUGAUCUUUCUGAUGGCCCGAUCACAGUGCAGGAGUUCAUGGAGGUUAAGAGUGCCCUGAAUGCAUCAGAAGCCAAAAUACAACAGCUUCUCAAAGUCAACUGUCAUCUUAGUGAAGAACUACGGAUGAUGCAGAGCAAGCUGAGCUCCCUGCAGACUGAAAACACAUCACUGAGAUGGCAAACCCCCAGCGGACAGCAACAUUCCCAGGGGCCCCUUGGUCGGCAUCCAACCCGCGGAGGUCGUGCCAUGUCGAUGUAUGAGACGGGUUCUGCUCCGCGACAUUUCUCCCACAGAGUGGAAACGGCUCGUCAUGACGAUGGAGUCGUUUUACAGCCUUUUCCCACCAAUAUUGGUAGGGGCCCUUUGGGGACAGCUGCCUCCUCCCUACCUACCUUCCCCUCUCCUCCGUCCUGGUCGUGGGAUGAGAGAUCUCGCAGGGGCUGUAGUUUUGGAGGACACAGUACAAUGUUGGAGAGUGACUAUGACACUACUCCAAACCACUCUGAACUUGAGGAGGCUGGCAGUCCUGUGACGGCUCCUGAAUCGGCAGAACCUGAAGCAGAAGGUGAAGAAGACGCCACCCUGCCAUGCACCGAGGAUGUUAUCUGUAAGACGGAGCAGAUCACAAAAAACAUUCAGGAACUUCUGAGAGCUGCCCAGGAGACCAAACAUGAAAGCUUUCUGCCGUGUUCUGAGAAGAUCCGCUCAGCUGUGACAGAGAUGGCUGCUCUGUUUCCCAAGAGGCCGUCCUCGGAGACCGUUAGAAAUUCUCUGUAUCUGCUGACUUCAAGUGCAAGCCGGCUUCAUGGAGAAUGCCAGAAGGCGGCAGGCCACAAUCCCUGCGCGUCGGACAUCCAGCUGGUCACUCAGCAAGUCAUUCAGUGUGCCUAUGACAUUGCCAAAGCUGCCAAGCAACUCGUUACUGUGACAACCAAAGAAAACAACAACUAACUAAAAUCCAAAGACCUUUUUCAAGCACUCAAUACACAGUCUAUCUGUUGCGUUGCUAGGCUUUCCUUUUAAUCAGUGUUAUAUUUCUGUUUCAAUAGUAAUAAGCAUUCACACACAUUCCUUGGGUCGGGGAUAUCUUACCAAAGGAUGCAGAAUCAUGAAUUAAUAAACAGAUGAACUAAAUGUCUUUGUGCCAUGCGUUUAAGAAAAGACAUCUUUACCUCGCAGAGUUACAUCACUCUGACUCCAGAAGUGCAAUGCUGUGUGCUUAUAUGGAGCCGAAUCAGAACAAGCAGUUCUGAAGUUUUUUUUUUUCUUUCUUUUUCAUCUUGCGUGUGUGUUGUCUUUUCCAUCAGUACUGUAGUGGACAUCUGUUGUGCUUCUUGACGUCUGCUUUCUGGCAUGGCUGAAACGAGGCUAAACACCAAGGAUCACAACUGAUAACCCCCCAUUUACUCCUGUGGCAAUGGUCUAUUUUUCUACUAACUCUUGUAGGAAGCACUGGUUGUAUUGUUAUCUCAAAUAUUUGUGAUGUUGCCCGCUUAAAAGUGUACACUUAAUUAGAAAGCCGACUGUGACGAAGACGCCAACGCCUUGAGUGCAUGUUUCAGACCAGCACAUUUUUAAUCCAUCCAGCAGAUGAUUUAGCCCUCAGUCUCUUAUCUGGGUGGACAUGUUUCCUUUGGGUAAAGUAUCAAUAGUUAUUGGAGUUGCAAUGUUACAGCUAUUCUUAUAUGUGUGUGUGAAUGGACGUGUGGAGGCAAAGUUGCUGAUAAACGCGGCCUCAGUGACAAGAUGUAUGAAAUCCACCUUGAAUCAUUUCUAAUAGCAUUAUGCAAAUAGGUAAGAUGUAUGUAUCCAUGUAAUUCUUUAUCAGAUUAAUCCAAAUGCUAUUCUAUUUAAAAAUGUAUGUCAUACCUCUAAACAAAUAUCAGUGUUUAUUUUCAUAAGCUUUUGUUUAACACAGCCAAACUUUGUUCUGCUCUUUGGGGGAAUCCCUACUAGCAGCUAGUUAUUGAUAACUUGUGGUCUCGGUGUAUUUGCUGUGGUGCUGUAACUCCAGUGUUUUACACGCUUCCUGUGGUCAAAUGCAUACUGCUGUUAAAUGGCUGACAGCCCACAAUAAAAUAACCAUGCUCUCUGUG